CGUUGUUGUGGUGUUGAGGAUGGAUACCUUCGACUUCGUCAUCCCCCUGAGCCUCGACGCCCUGCAGGAGUCGACCAGCACGCGGCAGUACGUCGUGUAUAACAUCUCCACCAGCAAGGAGAUCCCCAAAAAGAUUCAGGAAGCGCAAGUGGCGUUCCGUCAAGAUGGCCCGCAUUUCAUCCUCAAGGCGCAGAACUUUGACGUGCUGUAUAGCGUCCUGGUUGGCUUUGGCAGCGUGGACGGAGAGUUUCGGCAGCGCACAUGGGAGCUCCUCCUGAAAGCGAUGUCCAAGGUGACGGCUGAAUUGGCACUGCUUCUGGACGAGGGGGACCUGAGCUCCAAGGAACGGCAUCAGUGGCUCAAUGUUCUCAAGAUGACCACGUACAUCGCAUGCAACCUCACUGAAUCCUUCGAGAAUGAAUACAACAAACCCUCCACUGACACCCUGGUUAUAGGGAAGCAAGGAAGGAAGAAGUCGGCAAGGAAGUCCGACGACGGGACGGACUGGGAGGAGGAGAGGAACCGCAUGCUGGUCCAGCUGUUCUCUGUCCUGCAGCACCCUUUGCACCGCCUGUGGGAGCCCCCCAUUAUGGAGGAGGAUUUUGUCAACCUCAUAGCCAACUGUUGCUACAAGAUACUGGAGUCUCCCACCAUGAACUUGGCAAGGACCAAACCAACACGAGACUCCAUAUUCCAGAUUAUCGGCACACUCGUCAAGAAGUUCAACCAUGGUCUUGCUUGUUCACUAAAGCUCAUGCAGCUCUUGCAGCACUUUGAGCACAUGGUUGUCCCGUGUGCCCAGGGUGUGAUCCUUCUAAUCGAGUCCUUUGGCAUCACCUCGGUCGUGUCAGAGAUGGUGAGGGAGAUCGCAAAGGUGGACGCACGAGAGCUCAUGAAGGAUACCUCGGGCUUGCGAAACUUCUCCCAGUUCCUGGUGGAGGUAUCAGAGAAGUGCCCCCAGGUCAUGUUGCCCUCGCUCAGCCUGCUCGUGAAUUUCCUGCAUGAGGAGGCAUCUGGCAUGAGGAACUGCGUGCUGUCCAUCCUGGGUUCCGUUGUGCUGAAGGUCCUGAGCGGCGAGCAGCUGGACCCUAAGAGCCGGGACCUGCGCGACCAGUGCCUCGACCACCUCGAGGACCACGUGCACGAUAUUCAUGCCUUUGUUCGCAGUAAAGUUUUGCACAUCUGGAACGACCUUGUGAGUGAAAAAUCUGUACCCCUGCGCAGACAGCAGCAGGUCCUGAAGCUCACCUUAGGGCGCCUGAAAGACAAAUCAUCGCAUGUGAGGAAGAGCGCAGUUCAGUUGCUGACUGCAUUCCUGAAGGGCAACCCGUUUGCAGCAAAGCUCCCCCUGGAAGAACUGGAAGGCCAGUAUGAAGAAGAGCUCAAGAAACUAAAGGAAAUGGACCCAAAGGCUGCUUUGGACUUGUCAGCAGAAGAGGAAGAUAAACCACAGGUAGAAAAGACCGUCACUGGAAGGGAGCUGUGGGCAGCCAUGUUGCCUGAGGUGGUAGCCAUUGUUUUGGAAGUUGUUGAUGAAGGUGGGACUGAUGACGAUGAUGAUGGUGAGGACUCCUUAGAGCAAGAUACUUCACUAAACGAUGCAGUUUUGGAGAUUGCAGAGGCUUUGAACUCCAGCAAGAUUAGAAGGGCUGUCAAGCUGCUGGAGUGUGCCCUAGAAAUGUUCCAUGGAGCAGAAGUGUUUGGCUAUGACCCCGAGAUCCACUCCUCCAAGGCAUACAGAAAGUUGAGCAAGGACGAGGAGCUGACGGACCACCAGAUCCGCCACCUGGUCGUGCUGGAGCGCAUCUUCCUGUCUGCCAAGGAGAUGGAGGAGAGCAAAAGCCAGACGGAUGAGGAGAAGAUGGAUGAGGACAAGAAGCCUGAGGAGGAGGAGAAAGAGGAGACGGAGGAGAUGAGGGCGGAGAGGGAGGCCCAGGCAGAGGUGACCAAGCAGAAGCUCUUGGUCAACUACUUGAAGGAUUCUGUUUGUUUUGCCAAACUGUUCAACAAAGGCUUGCCAGUUCUCUGCCAGCUGUUGAGCAGCAAACAUGUAUCAGAUGUGUUAGAAGCAGUACAGUUCUUUGUUACAGCCUUUGAGUUUGGCCUUCUUAAUGCCAUGACCGGCGUGCGUCGCAUGUUGGCCUUGGUGUGGAGCAAGGAGCAAGCUGUCAAGGAUGCAGUUAUUGGGGCUUAUCAGCGCUUGUACAUUAACAUUGAAGCUCCAAAUGAAAGGGCCCGUGCUCAACACAUUGUAAGGAACCUCUCGGCACUUAUCACCGGUGCAACCCUGGGCGAGAGAACAUCCAUGGAAGAAAUUAUAGCACAGUUUGUGAAUUCCGGUGACAUUACUAAGCAGUGCCUAACCUUGCUUUGGGAACGCUUCACCAAGACCCUGCCUGACACCACAGACGAUGAGUCACUGGCAGGACUCGUUCUCCUCGCCAUGUGUGCCAACUCAGAAGCACACAUUGUCUCAAGCAACAUUGGGGUCCUGGUGAACUCUGGCCUGGGCGAGAGAGGCCUGCACAACUUCACUCUUGUCAAGGAAACCUGCACCGCCUUGUUGAAACUAUCCACAGCCAAGCCAAAAACCGAUGACCCUAAUCCGCCCAACAGGUUGGAUCGAGACCACGAGAUCUUUGAGCGCCUUGCCAAGAUCUUGCUUGAUGGUCUGAAUAUCUUUGAAGAUCGUCAGUAUUCUCCCAUGGCUAUUGAAGCUGUUAGUCUGAUUUAUGCGUUGGCAGAACAUCCUGACCUCAUCUGUGGAGAGAUUCUUCAAGAGAUGAGCAAGAUCAUGCUUUCCUAUUACACAGAAGCAGCAGACUCAGCAAGUGAUGGUUCUCAGCCAGAGACUGAAGAUAUCAAGGUCCCCGUAGGCAUCUUGACGCGAUUCUUCGUGUUUGUGGGCCAAGUGGCUCUGCGUCAGCUGAUUCACCUCGAUACCUAUGUAUUCUCUGAGCUAAAGCGCAGAAAUUACCUGAAAGAGGAGAUGGAAACAGAGAAGAAAAAGAAAAAGAAGAAAAGAAACACAAGGAAAUCCCUAGCGACCUCUGCCAGUGAGGCUUCCAUGAACAGAGGGGGAUCCCAAGAUGGAGACAUCGACGAGGAGAUGGGCCUGACUGGGGCAGUGGCAGACGACAUGGAGGCAGAGUACAUCCGCUCCAUCUGCGAAACAGAGAUCAUUAAAGCUGACAACCUCCUCGCUCUUGUCAAGCCAGUUAUUUGGGCUGUUUGCACCAACCCAGGAAAGUAUGCAGAUCCAGAGCUACGGACGGCUUCAACCCUAGCCCUGGCCAAGUUCAUGAUGAUUUCCUCAGACUUAUGCGAAGAUAAUCUGCAGCUUCUGUUCACCAUCUUGGAGAAGUCAGAAGAAGAUUUGAUACGUGCCAAUAUAGUCAUUGCUCUGGGAGACUUGUCCUUCCGGUUCCCAAAUCAGCUGGAGCCUUGGACCCCACGCAUCUAUGCCAGAUUAAGAGACAGUUCCCCAAAAGUACGACAGAACACCCUGACGAUCCUCACCCACCUCAUCCUUAAUGAUAUGGUCAAGGUUAAAGGACAGAUUUCUGACAUUGCUCUCUGCAUCACCGAUGAUGAUCCACGGAUAUCAGGUUUGGCAAAACUUUUCUUCAGUGAACUUGCCAGGAAGGGCAAUGCCUUGUAUAAUGUUCUCCCCGACAUCAUCUCGCGCUUGUCCGACACCGAACUAGGAAUUGAGGAGAAACGCUACAGAACAAUCAUUGGGCACAUACUGAACUUAGUACAAAAGGACAAACAGCUGGAAACGUUAGUGGAGAAGCUUUGCCAUCGAUUCCAAGCAACCGUCACCACAAGACAGUGGAGAGACAUUUCCUACUGCCUGUCAUUGUUUACAUACAAUGAGAAGAGCAUCAGAAAACUCAGCGAGAACUUCUCCUGCUAUGCCGACAAGCUGUACGAGCCAGAUGUGUACGAUUUCUUCCUGGGCAUCCUUGCCAGCGCCCGCAAGUUGGUCAAGCCGGAGGUGAAAGUCUUGAUCGAGGAGUUGGAGAGCAGGAUGCAGGAGAGCCACGAGAAGGGUGUGGAAGACGAGAAUGUCCUCAACAAAGCUGCCAACGCCAAGACAAAGGCUAGGAAUGUGAAGAAUACAGAGAAAGUGUCCAAGAGCAGAAUAAGAGGCAGAAGACGCAAAGAGAGUUCCAGCGAAGAUGAAGAAAAAACUGAAGAGGAGGAGGAGGAGGAGGAGAAGAAGAAGAGGCAGAGGCAGAAGAAACUCGCUCACAGUUACACCCAGCUCACCGCCAGAACAAGGAAAAUCAGAGAAUGACAAGACGAUCAGGCAACAUGGAGAAGCCGCACAAGAAGAAAGUCACCAUCAGUACCGACUCGGAUGAAGACAGCAGCAAGGUCUCGACUCCACCCAAGAGGAAGGCAGGGAGAAUGUCCCACGUGAAACCCCUCUCAGAAAACUCUUCCCAUCUCUCGAGAUCCUCAAGACGGAAAUGAUAGGAAAGAAGACAUAGAUGCUCGGACUCUUUUAGGGCCUUUGGGUUUUAGGAAAUUAUUGCAGAGAUUUAUUUUUCAAUUUACUUUUUAUCCAAAUCUGUAGGAAAUAAUUGCUCCUCUCUUGGGACUUAAAACAGAAAGUACAAUGAUAUAUUUGGAGGAUUUUAAUAAGGCAUCAUUUUAGUGUGUGCAUUGCUUCUAAUAUUAGCCACUAAGGUAUCGCAGCAAAAGAAUUAACAUGGUGUUAUUAGUGAUCAGAAUUCUCAAGAUAUUCAUAUGCUGUAUCAGCAAAACAUAAUGGUUCAUAUUUUCUCUGUGUACAACAAUUAUAACAUGUAGUACAUGUACCCACCCAAAUGUAUGAGAAAUAUGUGUGCUAUUCCAUAAAAUUAUUUUUUUAAUUGAUUUUAACAAAAGACAGAUGUUAACAUGAAUUUAAAAGUAUAUGGCUGAUUUCUUUUCAUUCAUAAAUAUGCUUCAUCUUGAGUGAAUGUACUGAUAAUUGUGUUCUUGACUUUGCUAUCCUUCAGAAAUACAUAUUUACAUAUAAGAUAUUCUUUUAGGGAUAGGAAUAAUUCAUCUUUAAUAAUGGCAAUAUAUGGAAGGGUUUAGUAAGUAUUUUGUAAAACAUAAUAAACUAUAUUUUCAAAAAUCAGUUGACACUCGUUUACACUACUCAAAAUUUGUGUGGGUUUAGCUUUAUUUUUUAAAUUAUUAUUGCUUAUGUAACCCUUCCUUGAAUAUCCUGGUCAUCACACCAGUUGAUCUCCUUAGUUUUCUGCCAUGAGCAAAGGGAUUGGUGUUUUCUUCUUUUCAUCCAUUGUAUUUAAAGAACUGGAGUCUUAACAUGUCCAGAGGCGAGGGCAUGAUCAGUGUACCAGAGGUGUGAUAUCCGAGAUGGCCAAUCUAUCGGCAAAACAAAUUCCACCUACAAACCACCGUUUCUUAGCCUGGAAUGUCCACUUUUGACAUUGCAUCUUGAGCAUGUACACUGAUCAGGGUUGCCAAACUGGACAUGUCUCAACACUUAAUUUCUCCAUUGUGCUGGUAGAAAAUUAUAAAAUAGUGUACUUGUCUUAAGUCUUACAUAUUCAGUUAUAAGAUGCAAAUAUUCAGAUGUAUGGGAAGGUCAUGUGAAAUUAGUUUUCCAAUAGCCAUAUUACCACUGUAAAUAAAAUAUGUACUCUAAA